UUUUGUUAAAUUUCUUUGUAUUUUAAAAAUUCAGCUUGUGUUGUCAUUAUCUUUAUAGUUAAGAAUCUCAAGUAUCAGCUGUCUACCCUUUGCAGAAUAUUACGCAAUUUACAUGGUGUGCAAGGGUGGUAGGAAAAAAAUGAGCUGUUCUUAACAGAAAGGUAUCUACCCUUGCUUUUCAAGAGCUUGUACUUUAGUUCGAGAGAUGGAAUACAUUGAUGGAAUUGAAAAUCAAUACGGUGCACUGUUAAGGUAUAUAAAAUGAGGAGAGUAAAUAAAUUGAUGAUGUCAACCCUACCUGUAGAUUUUAAAUAGAGAGGAAUUUUUUAAAGAAAAAAUAAAUAAAUUGUAUUUGAAGGGAAUAUAGGAUUUGCAGAGCUCAUCACCAGGUCCUGGAUUGCUUAGUAAGCUUCCUAUGAGUGUUGACUCAAGGACUGUUGGUGAUUAUGCUGUCUUGGGUCUCGUGGGUCAAGUGUGGAGAUGAAUAUGCGAAGUCUGAGAGAUCCAGUACAAUCUUAGGUUUUCUCUAAAGAAUGUAGUUCUUUUUGGUGCUGUGUGCAUCUUUGAGUGUUUUAACUACAUAGUCAUACAUAUCCUUCUGAGACACUUCUUCUUGCGACAACCUAUAAAAGUUAUUAGGAUGUGAUGUGCACACAAAAAAUAUGUGUCAUGUCCAUUUUAUCAACAAGUGUAUUUAUAUGUCUUAUCUUAAUCUGCUAGAGUAUUGAUACAAAAUAACCAAGUCACUGUGGGGGAAAAAGGUUUCUUCUUCAUUGUGAUAUAAUUUCAGUAUUUAUUAAGUCAUUGAUAAAAACUUUCCUGAGAUUUUAUUUAUGUGAAAGUCACCAUGUUGAAUUCAGAAAUGGACCCAGCCUUAUUUCCUGGCACUCAGUCAGUGGAAGUGGGAUGGGGUGUGAAUGAUUAAGUAACUUUGCUUAGUUACAAGCUAAUUUGACUAAGAUAUAUUUGUUACAUGCUGAGCUUUUAUUAUGUAUAAAGCAUGUCAUAGAGUAAAACUUUAAAUGGCAGAUAAAUUAUUUUCAAUUUGGUCUCAGAUACUCUGCAUGGAAAAAAAAGAAUACCAAAAAACCUAAGGAGGAGGAGGGAAAUAAAAUUCUGAUUAGCUGUCAAUACUGAAGUCCUCGACUGCUUCACUUUCUCAUUUGUGGAAUGAAUUUGGAAUUGACUUUUGAUGACCUCAAGAGCAAGACUAUGAAGGAUCAACCUGAUCAUAAGCCAAAUGGAGAGACAGCUAAAGGUCUUCGCUUUCUUUCAUCUCGGUGGUGGUGCCCUGUGGCUGUGACUCUAGGGAUCCUUUGCCUGGGUUUACUGGUGACCAUCAUAAUUCUGAUAAUGCAAUUAUCCCAGGUAUCUGAUCUUCUAAAACAACAACAAGCAAACCUGACUCACCAGGAAAAUAUACUGGAGGGACAGAUUUUAGCCCAGAAGCAAGAGGAAAGAACUUCCCAAGAGUUACAAAGGGAACUCAAGGAAAUGAUAGAAACACUUACCCAGAAACUGGAUGAGAAAUCUAAAGAACAAAUGGAACUUUAUCAACAGAACCUGAAUCUCCAAGAAGCUCUGAAGAAAGCAGCAAAUUUUUCAGGUCCUUGUCCCCAAGACUGGCUCUGGCAUGAAGAACACUGUUACCUAUUUUCCUCCAGCCCAUUUAAUUGGGAAAGAAGUCAGGAGAACUGUAUGUCUUUGGAUGCCCAGAUGCUGAAAAUUAACAGCACAGACGAUCUGGAAUUCAUCAAGCAAGCAAGCGCCCAUUCCAAUUUCCCAUUCUGGAUAGGAUUGUCUCUGAGGAAACCCAGCUACUCAUGGCUCUGGGAGGACGGGUCUCCUCUGAUGUCCCAUGUGUUUAGACUCCAGGGAGCGGUUUCCCAGAAAUAUCCCUCAGGCACCUGUGCGUAUUUACAAAGGGGAGCUGUGUUCGCCGACAACUGCAUUUUGUCUGCAUUCAGUAUAUGUCAGAAGAAGGCGACUUUGCUGAGAGCACAGUGAAUUUGAUUGCUCUUGGAAAAAAGGAGGAGCCGGCCUUUGAAUUCUCUCCUGGAAUCUAAGCUAUUCGUCCUCACCUUGGUGCAAACUGUGAAAGCCCUGAGAACUGAUAUUAGCGGACUGAGAACUCCUUAGCAGAAACUGGGGCUCCAGCUGCCUGACACCUUUAUAUCAACAGCUUUGAUCCUGUCUGUCCACAUUUUUUCAUCUAGCUUGUCCCAAGCCUCCUGACCAGCCUUCGAUCCCCCUUCCCAAGGGUUCCAAGCCUUGGGAACCCUUUCUACCUCAGUGCCAUUUCCCCCUCACCCUUCUAAAACCACAUAGAAGCUAGAACCUGGAGAACUUGCCCAACUGCAGGCAGAGGGCAAAAAAGAGGGCACGCAGGGGAAACAGGGCAUGUGAAGAAAUAAAAAAGGGAAAGUUCACAUUGGAAUCAAGAAACUUGCAUUCUCAACGUUAAAAGCUACCACUUGUUGGUCUUUGAAAUUGUGAUCUGUCUCCAGACUCCACUGCUUACACACACACACACACACACACACACACACACACACACACACACACCCCAUAUCCUCACAUUUUGGGGCAAUUGGGAUGUCUCAAGAAGUGAACUAGUCUAUAACUAAGUAUCAGUUCCUGAAUGAGUUAUUUCUUCAUCUGUUCUCUACCAAAGGACAACAUAAUACCUUUAAUUCUUCCAAACAGCGUUUGUUAGAUUCGUGGGGUAAAUGGCUCAGAUGGAAAAAUUGCUGAUUUUUUCCCCCUAAAGUGCAUACCUUUUAUAGGUGACCUCUCUCAAUUUUGCUAUACUAUGCUAUAAUGCAGAGACAUGCAGGACCAAAAAAAAUAAUGUCACUCAAUUCUAGAACAAACUGAGCCAGGUAUGGAAAUAUUGCUAGAUGGAAAUAGAUGGAAUUAAGAAUAUUCCUUCUAUUUUCAGUGCUUCUACCCCUUUUCUACCUUCCUUCACAGGUUAUUUUACUUUAAAGGAAGCCUUUCCAUUUUGUUGCACAUAAUCUAGCAAAAACCUUAUUUAAAAAAAAAAGUUGUAUCAUGCAUAGGAAGACAAGAGAUAUUUCCUUUUAUUAAUAGCUUUAUUAAAGUACAAUUAACAUAAUAAACUGAAAAUAUUUAAAGUGCACAAUCAAUAAGUUUUCACAUAUGUAAAUAUGUUCUCUUCACAUUCUCAUCACAAUCAGGAUAGUGAACAUAUCCAUCAUCUUUUAAGUUUCAUCAUGCCCCUCCCCAGACAACCACCAAUCCACUUUUAGUGUUUACAUUUUGUAGCAUUUCAUAUGAAUGUAAUCACACAGUAUGCCUUUUUUCUUUUCAUCUAGAUUUCUUCAAUUAUCAUAAUUAUUUUGAGAUUCAUCCAUCUUGUUAUUUGUAUCAAUUUUUCAUUCCUUUUAAAUGUUGAGUGUUAUUCUUUUGGAUGUAUAUACCACAAUUUUUUAAUCCAUUUACCUGUUGAUACCAUUUGGGUUCUUGAAAAGAACUAUUAUAAAUAAAGCUGCUAUGAACAUUAUUGUACAACUCUUUGUAUGAUCAUAGUAUUUUUCUUCUCUUGGGUAAAUAUUUAAGAGUGUAAUGUCUGGGUUAUUCAGUAGAUGUAUGGUUAGCUACUUAAAAAAAAUGCCAAACUGUUUUCCAAAGUUUGACCAUUUUACAUUCCUACCAGCAGUACGUGAAUGUUCUAAUUCUAUCUCAUCUUUGUCUACACAUGAUCUGGUCACUUUUGUAAUUUUAACCAUGUUGAUAGGCAAGUAGCAGUAUACCACUGUCAUUUUAAUUUGCCUGAAUUACUGUCUUUUGUUGUUUUACAUCCAGUGUUUUUUUUAAAUUUUUGCUUUAUAUAUUUUGUUUGAUUUUGAUUGUGUCCAGUUGGAAGGUAAAUCCAGACCUUGUUACUCCAUCUUAACGUUAAGCAGAAGUCCAAGACAAGGAUUUUGUAAUUAGGUACUUAAGUUUCUCUUUCUGUUUGGAGCUACUGAGAACUCUGAACAAAGACAUGCAAAGCUGAAAGAAUCCCUGGAAAAAAUUCUAGUCCAAGGAUGGAAGAUUAAUUUCUUGCCUCUGUGUCUGGUAUAGUUUCUAUUUCAGACUUGAUGACAGAGCUACCUUCUUUAGCCAAGCUGACAGUGCCUGUGAGUCAUUGUCCAGUAACCCUUCCUAUUUUCGUCUCUAAUUCUUACAGAUAUUGGUGACUUGUCUUCCUAAACCUUAGGUUCAGAGACAGUUGCCCUGAUCUGAUCUAUCUUGGGG